ACAGGCUCAGAGACCAUAUGCUCGGAGGGGGUGACUACAUUGUGUCUAUUGUAUGAUUGUUGGUUUUUUGUUGUUGUUGUUGUUUUUGUUUUUGUUUUCCCUGGCAUUUUGUACGUUUCACAGGAGGUUUAAAUCGGGAGGUUUAAAUCAGCAUGGCAGAUGAGCAAGAAAUUAUGUGCAAACUCGAGAGCAUCAAGGAGAUCAGGACGUUCCAGCCAUCUGAUAACUUUUAUGGUCCUCCUCUGGUCCGGCUCUAACAGGUCCACAUCUUUCUCGUGCUGGGGGCCCCAGAGCUGGAUGCUGUACUACAGGAAUAAGACUUUGCAGAUGGAAAAAAUAAAGGCGCGACUGAAAGCAGAAUUUGAAGCUUUGGAGUCUGAGGAGAGGCACCUGAAAGAAUACAAACAGGAAAUGGACCUGCUGCUGCAAGAGAAGAUGGCCCAUGUGGAGGAGCUGCGUCUGAUCCAUGCUGAUAUUAAUGUGAUGGAGAACACUAUCAAGCAAUCUGAGAAUGAUCUCAACAAGCUCUUGGAAUCUACUCGUCGCCUGCACGAGGAGUACAAACCCCUGAAGGAGCAUGUAGAUGCUCUGCGGAUGACUCUGGGCUUGCAGAGGCUGCCAGAUCUGUGUGAGGAGGAAGAGAAACUGUCCCUUGACUACUUUGAAAAGCAGAAAGCAGAAUGGCAGACAGAACCACAGGAGCCUCCCAUUCCAGAGUCUCUGGCUGCAGCUGCAGCAGCUGCCCAACAGCUGCAAGUGGCUAGGAAACAAGAUACCAGACAGACAGCAACUUUCAGACAACAGCCACCUCCAAUGAAGGCAUGUUUAUCGUGUCACCAGCAAAUUCAUCGGAAUGCACCCAUAUGUCCACUCUGCAAAGCAAAGAGCCGAUCUCGGAAUCCCAAAAAGCCCAAGAGGAAACAGGACGAAUGAAACCCAGAAGACUGACGAGCAAAAUGUGACCUCUUCCAGUACCCUUCCAGUAGAACUGUAAAUUUGGCCAGACUUUACUGAAGUGCAGACUCAAGUAUGACCAACCCAUUGUUUUCUAUCCAAUGCAAUGUAAGCACAAUGUUCCUGUCCUGUCUUAAUUUCCUUCUGGUCCUUAGGAUUUAGUUUUAAGAAAAUAAGUACUAAUGGUGCUACAAUUUAACAUUUCAGUCAUUCCAUCUUUUGGACUCAUAAGCAACACAGAAUUCUUAUGCAGGUAUCCUAAAUGCCAGACUACACCUACUGGCCAAAUGUGAUUACUACAAAUGCUUUUAUGUAUUUUUAAAAACAGAUGUUACUAAUAGAUUAUUCUUAUUUUCCUAUUUUCUGAUAACAGGAUACUAUUUGAAAUGCAGAAAAAUCUGUUUGUUUCACUAAAGAACAAUUUGUUUUCCAUGCUGGUACGAUUGUGUAGGCUUGGGUAUCAAGUAGCACUUUUUUUUUUUUUAAUAUGGGACAUGUUCAGGAAAAAAAAGAAAUGGUUUAUACAAGAAAUCAGUGUAUUAAGGACACAAGUGAAUUUUGAUUUACUGGAGUUUGAUUGUAUCAUUCCAUCAAAUUUGUCUUAAAAUUUGGAGGAGGGAUCCAGUUAUAGUCUGUGUGUGAAGUACUAAAAAUGACAUAAUUUGUGUCAUCUUUAACAUCUUAAUGUGAUAUUAUUUUCAGCAGUCAGAAGACUAAUUGAUUUAAAUAUAAGGUUUAAAUUAAUACAUUAGUAGUCCUCCUAGGCUCUAGGGCAAACAAGCUCACUGUAGUUCUCUAGGAAACAUGCAUCAAAUACCCCAAACCUCUAUGUCCACAGACUACAACAGCAGCCAUUCUGCACGUCUCCCCUUCCUGGUUCCUAUAGCAGAAAUCUUUGGCAGACGUAUCAUCUGUUGGAUCACAGGGAAGUUUAAUAACAUGCGCUGGGAACAGUGUCGACUAAAAAACGAUGUAUUUCACUAGAACUGCCUGGUUUUUUUUUUUGCUUCCUUUUUUUUGGGGGGGGGUUGUUUUUCUCCCUGACCAAAACUUCCUAUUGUUGUAUCUUUUAAUAAGCCAUUAUGAAGUUAGUUUUUCAUCCUGUUUUUUUUUUCUUGCUCUGCAUGUGUGACAAAAGAACCCCAAUUAGAGGAUCCUGCAGACCCCUCCCUUUAUCUCUGUCUUCCCUAUUUCAUCUCAUGCAGCUGCAGUUUCUCCAACAGGGAGGGUGGCAGUGACCCAACUACAGAACAGGGCCUUCAGACUUACUCAUUUCUAAUUCCAGUUUUGUCACCAACUUUGUUGACUAAACUGAUCUUAAGUAUUAUAUAUUCUUUUCACUAAGUUCAGGAGACAGGGACUGCCUGUUUGCAUUCAGCCUCUCUUUUUAGCCCAUGUUUUCUUCUACUAUUAUGCUAGAUUGGAUAUAUUGAGAAUUUUGCUUGUUAAAAACGAAGGACAAGGAAGCCCCAAGUCUCUGGUCAGAACUUUGUGAAAUGCUGUGGACUCUACAAAUACACAUAAAACACUUUUGCUGUCCAAAUCUCACACAUUGCCAUUAAUUUCCAAACUCAUCCAUAAAGUACAUGAAUAUUUUAUUGAAUAUAGCCUUAUAAUUUAUGCCAAGUUCAGUCAGUAUUCUCCCAUUUUAACGUUUGAUAGCCUAAUAAACAUCUGUCAACAGCAGAGGCAGAAUAUGGAUUAUGUGCCCCUGACAACAUGUUAAAAAGCAGAUUCUGUGAGCUGCAUUACUGGGAUUCAGUCUCUGAGUGAUGAUGGAGGAGAGCAUGACCCUGUCCUCCCUUCACCAGAUGGCAGUAGUGCCCUAACUAUCCUUCUGCAUGUUUCCAACGCAAAUACCGCGUUCUGUUUUUAAAUGUCAGAGAGGCCAUAUGCUGUGUAUCCUACUCAGAGCAAUUCCUACUGAGCUUAAAGGAAAACAUACACAGAGUUAAAGAACAGCAUAUGGACUCUUUCCUCCAAACUGCAUGCAUGGAAACAGCAUACUUUUAUGGUAGAUGUUGCUAAGUUUCAGAAGUAGUGACAAUGGAGAGUGGGUGAAUGGCUCGCAAUGAAGUAGUGCAUGAAGAGGCACAGAUAUGUAGAACUGACUUACAGUCCUGAAAGUCCCAAAAUAGAUGGGGUUAGUCCAAGCUGUUCUUACUUUGCUGUUACUUUGCCAGGUUCUUUGUUUCUUUGGAGAUCUCUAGAGCUCUAAACUGAAGCAUGCUUAAUGAUUCCUAACAUCAUUCCUAAACACCAUUUCCUAACUUUGUAUAACAGUUCUGUAUUUUUACUUUUUUUUUUUUAAACUAGUCCUUAGUGCCCUCAUGUUUAACAAGUUUUUUAUUAAUAUUUUUAAAGAGAAAAAAAUGUGUGUAUGACAUACUGUGUUUGUAUCAAUCACAUACUAGUGUUUAGAAAUCUGUUUUCACAUCCUUUAUGAAGUUCAGUCAUAUGAAUAGUUUGUGUUGCUGAGAAUGAGUCAAACUACUUCAAGGAGACAAAAUCCAUAUUAUUUAAUAAGGGAUACUGGGGGCAUAGGGAGGGGGGGGAAGCAGUAUCUUUCUUAGGGAACUAUUAAUAUUUUCUCUCACAGAUUAAUUAAGAAAGUUAACUGAAGAGCUCUUCUUGUGACAGCCUUGGCCCUUUUUCUCCCUGCCACCUUUCUCAAGAGACUUGAGAGAUAAUUACGAAAUACUGAUUCCUUGUUCUGUUAGUCAGAGGAGGAAGCUGUCUGAAGAACAGUUUUUACUAUAAAACUAUAGCACUUCUGCACUGUGAAGCAACAAUGGCCUCUUCCUUUGUACCUAAAGUUCUUUCAGGAUAUUUCUUCACGUGGCUUAAAUUCAUUCUUAUUUAGCUUAGAUUCUCUUGAUAGCCACAAAGAAACCCCUGUUGUGGAUGCUGAGAGGCUAUUUAAGCCUUGAAUAGUUUACAGGACAUUUACAUUACUAACCUCUGGUUUGACCCUGGCUUUGUCAUUCCCUUUUCAAUGAGUAAUCAAACGAUAACAGAAUCACUGGAUUCUUUUUGUUGUAGGUGGUUUCCAGGGCUGUUCCCUACUUCCUCACUUGCUUCAAAUGGUAUAGUCCUGUUCUUUUGCAACCAAGUGGCACAGAAUUCACAAGCCACCGCCCCGCCAUAAGAUCACACUAAAAGGAUGAGAGCAUUGUACUGUGUUUAAUGACUUUAGAAAUAAUCACACCGAGGUCAGGGUUGAGUAGUUGUUCAAACUUUAGUGCCAAGGACACCAUUAUCUGUGGAGAAAAGCCAAAUUCUUAUAAUUGCGCUUACUGAAUUUUAACUUUAGCUUUCUAAAUGGCACACUUGCGGCUGACUGAACCUGCCAACGGCUUCAAGUUACAGAAUCUGCUUGUGAAAGAAUAGCCAUUGAGGUGCUGUUCUAAAUACCUGACUAACCAAGAAGUCAAGACUUUAUUAGCACUUUAAAUAAAUAAAUGAAAGUGCUUUCUCUUAUUUUACAGUUUUCUAAGUCCUCCGACAUGGGUUUUCCAUUUUAGCAUUUAGAUAUUUUAGCAAUACCUGGAGUUUCACUGGCUUCUGUGUUCUAAAUAUUUUAUUCUUCUGACCAGGAGUAACCUGUUAAAGUUGUCUGUACAGUUCUUUUUAAUAAAUGUUUGUUACAUGUCAUGC